AAAUAGCCUAACAGACCGGAUGCACUCUUUGCUGUCUGAUACCUUCAUCCUCUGCAUCGGCACCGAAGAUCGUGCAAUAAUGGGCAUAGGCACGCGAGGGGGGGGAUGUCACGCCAGUCGCAAGACCCCAACACAGCCAGUGCGGCAGCGAUAUAUCCAUGGUAUCUGAAUCAUAUCAUGUGCAACCGACUGCGAAAUCAUUCACGAUAGCGACUUGCUUGCUAGCAAAGCUUCAACCGAGCGCACUCGAAGACCGCGCGUAGCCAAGUCAGCUUGCCAGAUUUUUUUUUUUUUUUGGUGUAGGCAGCCGCUCGAAUGCAUUUUUUUGAUUAUGAAAACACCAUAGUGAAAAAAAGAGAGACAUUUUCUUGAGAUAAGACCGCAUGGAAAUGUACCCCUGACAUUCAUUCACCCCAUCGUCCAUACUCAAUCCAAGUAUAACGUUUCGAACCUCACAGAAAUCCCGUGGAGACCUUCACCACUUAUGAUACAUCAUCAUGAUAGCUUCCAGGAUUCCACGCCAUCAAGACAAGACCUGCUCAUUUCCCUAACUACCCUCAAGAGAUCACAACAGUAUCAACAUGCUGGCCUGCGUAGCGACCAGCACUCCGUCGCCUGUGCGGCUGCAAAUGCCGGCAAAUGAGCACCACCAGCAGCUCCAGAAGGGCCCAUACACGAUCAUCAAGGAGCUCGGCUCGGGGCUUCACGGCCGCGUGCUUCUGGCCUAUGACGACCGACUACAGCGCGAUGUGGCCGUCAAGCUCCCGGCUGCGCUUACAGUCGACUCGCUCUCGACAGACCGCGUAAAUGUGGACGAACUGGAGCACCAGGUGACGUCUAUUGUGCACGAAUGCAACGCAAUGCGUCGCGUACAGCACCCCAACGUCCUGCAGAUCGACCGGUUAGUGUCCGGCAAGAAAGGUGACUACGACUACGUGGCCAUGGUGACCGAAUUCACGCCAAACGGCGACAUGUUCGACCUGUUAGAAGUCGGUGGAGCUCUUCCGGAACCACUAGUAAAAGUGUACGCGUGCCAACUACUACGCGCAUUGGAGGCUUGUCAUGCCAAUGGUGUCGUGCACCGAGAUGUCAAGCCGGAAAAUUUGCUGCUGGAUGCCAAUUAUCAGCUUAAACUCGCUGAUUUUGGCGUGGCAGCAAUGGCACCAUUGGGACAAGAUGCCACUGAAGUUUUCUCGCGAGACGAGAGCGGAACGGCGCUGUAUAUGGCUCCAGAGAUCAGGUCCAGACGGAUGUACCGCGGCACUCCAGUGGAUGUUUGGUCUGCGGGCGUGGUGCUAUUUAUCUUGAUCACGGGUCUACCGCCGUUCAACGAAGCGAGCAAGGGAGACGCCUGGUACGACGACCUUCUGGAUGGAGAUUUGGAGCACUUUUGGUCAUCGCAGCCGGGAGAAGUAGUCCAGACAAUCACUCCUGGAGCUCGGGACCUCAUUUCGUCGAUGCUUGUGGCUCCGGAUGAGCGCAUUACGGUGUCAGAGGCUUUGCAGCACCCGUGGCUUCGAGGUGCAGACUGCGUGGAUCCAUCUUUGAUUCGCCACGCCGUGUCGACUCACCUCGAGGCGGCUCUUGCUGCCAGUAAAAUGGAGACGGCUUGAAUGCAAAGAAUAGUGUAGAUAGGCAACUGUUAUUUAUCAAUUUGCAAGAAAUGUAACAUACUUUUGGUCUCAUACUGUGGCAACCUUCUCCUUACAAGUUAUAGUAAUCGACGA